UAUGUACAUAACUGUACUUAGAUAUAUGAAAAUAUAUGAUAUUCUAACCUGAAAUUUUCGAAUAAUAAUUAAUAUGUACUAUAUAUAUUCUAAGAAAUGUUUAAAGAAAUAAAUUUGAAAAAUCAUUGUAUUAUGUAAAUCAUUAACUAAAAUUUUUGUUAAUAAAUAUAACAAAAUGCCAACAGUUAUAGCAUUAGACGUAUCUUUAUCAAUGAGACGUCCAAUAUUAGGAAGCGUAUCUGGUGAAAGUAAUCAAAAUGAACAAUUAACAAGACAUCAUUUAGCUGUACAUGGAAUAAAUGCAUUGUUACAUUAUUUACAAACGAAUUCAAAGUUGGAAUUUGUCGCUUUAGUUGUUUUUUCAUCAUUAUAUGAAGUUAUUUGUCCAUUCACUCGUGAUUAUGAUAGUAUACGUUCAAAAUUACAAUAUAUUGAAGAAUGUGACAAAACUUGCAUCGAAACUGCUCUUCAUGGUGUUAACAAUGUUAUUAUGGCAGAAUGGGGUAAUACUACUGCCUGUCAAGUAGUGUUAAUUACUGAUGGUAAUCCUGGUGUAGGACCAAUGUCUUUAGCUGACUCUUUGAAUUCUUUAAAUGUAACAAGAGAUAUAAAUCUAUUUCCAUUACCAUUUCCUUAUCCAGGAAAAUUAAGUGUUGUAUGUAUUUCAUCACAGCAAGAUGCUGGUUUACAUAUUGCUUUACCAUUAUACCAACGAUUAGUUGAACUUGCUGGUGGUGAUAGUGUAGUGUUAAUUCCUGAAACACCAAUUUCAAAACAUUCAAUUACAGCUUGUUUUCAAAAGUUAGCAGAAACUAAUUAUGUAUCUUUUCAAGGAUAUUUGAAAUGUGGAAAUUUAGGUUCUCGUAUACUUCUUUCACCAGCACCUAUGGCAUAUACUAAGAAGACUGAUUUUGAAUUAGUAUCUGGUUUAAUGAUAUCAAAAACUAUAGAAAUUUGUGGAUUUAUAUCAGUAGCAGAUGUUGGUAGUCCUAGUGCUAUAUCUAGACAUUUAGUAUUGCCAUUAUCUACAGAAAAAAAUUCAAGUAUGCAAGGAAUAUCUUUAGAAGAAGAUUCAGAUACAGAUGAGAAUGGAGAUGAAGGGAAAGUACCAUCCUUUUGUGUGCUGUUACAUGGAGCUUUAAAGGUUGAAAAUAUGGUAGCUCUUUGUUUAUUAAAUAGCGAAUGGUAUGGUUUUAUAUAUUCAUGGGCAGAUACAAAAAAGAAGUCAAACUUAAUGUUAACAGUUUUGGAACCAGGUUUAGAUGUUGUACCUUGGUUAGGUAAUUUUAGCAAUUUAGGUCCUAUUGAUGCAGCUAAAGGUGCGAUUAUUAGUUUUCCAGUUAGACCAAAUGAAAAAAGAAGUUAUACUCAAAAUGCACCUUCUUGGAUUCGUCAAAUUGGAUUACAAUCAGAUAUUCAAAAAAUUUUAAGACAUGCAAGAAAAUUACCUGAAAAAACUCAAAAUUUUUAUAAGGAGGUAAAUCGAUUACGUAGAGCUGCAGCAUCAAUGGGAUUUGUAGAACUUUUAGAAGGAUUGGCUUGCAUUUUGGAACGAGAAUGUACAUUAUUACCUCCAAAUUUAAACCCUGAUUGUACAAUUCAAAUGGGUCAUGUAGCAUCUCUGAUUAGAAAACCAGAAUUUCUAGAGCUUAGAUAUAAUAUUCCACCAGCACGUACUAGAUUUCAACAUGGAGGAUCAUAGAUGAAACAAAAAUAUAUUUAUAAUAUAUA